GGAGGAUCCCACAUGCCGCGGAGCGGCUGGGCCCAUGAGCCAUGGCCGCUGAGCCUGCGCGUCCGGAGCCUGUGCUCCUCAACGGGAGAGGCCACGACGGGAUGAGGCUCUUCCUGAAGGAUCUGUGUUUGUUGUUCAAAACACAAUCAGAAAGGACUCCAACCAUACCCCAUUGCCGUGGAAGGAACUACUACCUGGCAGGAGGAGAAGGGGGCAGCAGACAGACUGUAAUGCACGCCCUCCCCCAGCAGCAGUGGGCCUGCCGCCUGCCCGGCCCCUCGGCCCCUGCGCUCUCCUCGUUCACAGCUGGACCUGCACACCUGGGCAGCCGCCGCUCAAGCCCCGCCCCUCCGGCCUGCCCUUCCUCCACUGUCCGUCCCUGCAAUGACAGCUCCCAUCCCGUCUCUGUCCUGCUCAAGGCUGGCGGCUGAGACCGAGGCGGCAGAGAGGAAGAGUGGGCAGCUGUGAUGGCCUGUGGGCACCGCCUAUCCUCCCCGGAGGAGGUGGGGCGAGGCCCAGACCCCCAGACCAGCCCGUGUUUGCUGGGAAGAAAGUCGAGUCCUGGCUUGCCGCCACGACAGGCUGCCUCAUCCGACACGAGUCGCUCUUCCUGGAACCCGGCCUGGUCGGGAGUGGAGGCCCCGGGCGAGGCCGCCCGUUUCCCCGCCGUGCGGGACCUGUGCGUCCGUCCUCGCUCGCUCGCAGCUCCCGGCCGCAUGGCCCACGUGUUCGUGUACGGGACCCUGAAGACGGGCCAGCCCAACCACGGGGUCCUGCUGGAGGGCGCCCACGGCCGCGCGGCCUUCCGGGGCUGGGGUCGCACGGUCGAGCCGUACCCGCUGGUGAUCGCGGGGCAGCGCAACAUCCCGUGGCUGCUGAACCUGCCGGGCCGGGGGCGCCGAGUGUCUGGGGAGGUCUACGCCGUGGACGAGCAGAUGCUGUGCUUCCUGGACGAGUUCGAAGGCUGCCCGGACAUGUACCAGCGCACCCGGGUGACAGUCACUGUUGAGGGGGCGGGCGGGACCCUGCAGUGCUUCGUGUACAGCACGGCCACCUACCCGCCUGAGUGGGUCCACCUCCCGUACCACGACAAUUACGACUCGCAGGGGGAGCACGGGCUUCGCUAUAGUCCGCGGGAAAGCAGAUGAGAAGUGCGAGGGGAGCGGCCGCCCGAGGACCAAGAGCCUGGUGGUUGGAGGAUGGCCUCGCUGGGUCCGCACUCGCUGAAUACAAAAGCCUGUGAACACCCUUUGAAACAAACAUUUAUAAAUCUC